AUGAUUGCAGAGGACGGGGAUGAGAAGAUUACCCUGACAAUGCUCCUAGGAAAAGUGUGGCCCCAGUUCACAUUCAUGGCAAAGCUGGUCAAGAGAACCCUUGUAAAUUUACAAAAGUUCAUAGAUCAAGCUGACAACUUCAUUAAUGAGGAGGACACACUCAAUGCUUUGACCGAACUAAGGAGGAAGGAAUUGAAGCGAGUAGAUAGGAAGGGAAAGACCUCAGCUAAGGGCCCCACUCGUGCAAAGGCAAAAAGGAAACUGAUUGAGUUGAGGAAGGAGGAGCCAUCAUCGAGGUAUGCUGGAUACCGACAGGACCGAUCAAUGUUCUCCAUCCAGUGGGACGAGAGCCAACCUGCUCAGGAGGACAACCAACCAACGUGCCACUACUGCACCUACCACCAGUUGACCACCCAUAAUACUGGGGGAGUGGGAGUGCAUAUCAUUACGGAUAAAGACAAGAAGCACGACUACGCCGUUAGGCUAACAUUCAAAACUACAAACAACGAAGUAGAGUACGAGGUGUUGUUCUUUGGCCUGAUGAUUGCCAAGUCUUUGGGUGCUGAGGAAGUGGAAGUCCGAGCUGACUCCCAAGUGGUGGUUAGCCAGGUACGGGAAGAAUUCAUGGCGAAAAGCGAGAAAUUGAAAAAAUACCUGGCGCUGAUAAAGGCUGAUACUACUUGCUGCGUGCCUUGA